AUGCACGAGUUUGCUCUCUACGGUCAAGUGCGAAAGGAUGACCACCAUCGGAUGCUCCAGCAAUUGGCCGGAUUUGCACGUAUGCAACCCCAGGAUGCCAAAGAGAUCCACCUGGUCUUCAAGGCGCGCCAGCCUGCUGGGGUCGACCUCGUCCAGUCUAUUGGUGCGUCUCAUCUCGCCAGUCAGCAGCAGCAGGAUAUGCAGCGUGUUAAGAACAUGCUCAAUGCUGGGCUCUACUAUGUUCAACUAGUUGGAGAGGUGCUGCCGCCAGAGAAACAGGCUGGAGGAGUUGCAGAGGCCGGCGGCGACGUGACUAUGGCAAAUGGCAAUGGUGGCCAAGGGGGGGAAAAGCAAAGCGUGACGUGGACGUUUGAAUUCAAGGACACUCCGGACGCGGGCAAGCAGGCAGUGAGCUCAAGAUUGAUCUCCCGGACGCCCAUGGAGGAUGGCAACUUUGUCCAAUUUCUUGAUCAUUUCGGCUACGACUAUGUCUCGCGCUACAUGGUCGUUGGGUCAAGGUUCUAUGACCAUGACACCACUCUUUUCCUACACAAGGUCCUACGACUGCCCCAAGUAGCUGCAGACGAAGCCAUAUCCGACAAAUCAUUCUUACCCAACUUGGACGAUCUCCCCGAGCUGGAUGGCUCUGGUGGCUAUAUCCUCCAGGCAUCCAUUGAUGUGGUGGAUGGAAACAACCCAGAGCUCAAGGAGCGAGCAACCCGGCAAUUAUUGGCCAUCAAGGAAGCGUUGAGGCAGGCAGUCGAUCUGUCACCGGGCGAUAGAUUGGCACUGGACACGCGGCUGCCUGUCAGUUCACGUAGGACUUGA